AUGGUUGCUAAUUAUUUGCUUAUAUUUCUAGAGAAGAUAACUCAGUUUACAUGUGGUGGCUUCGUUGUGGGAAUCGCUAUAAGUCACUGUCUUAUGGACAGAGUUUCAUUGGACGACUUUGUUAGGAACUUCUCUAACGUGGCUGCAAAGGGAGAAGUAGCAUUCAUACCAGUCAUCGACCGGACCUGUUUGAUGGCUCGAUCUCCUCUUCAAAUAGAGUACGAGCAUGAAGAAUACACAGAAUCAUCUACAAUCGAUCCGAGUGCCAUUUUGAAGAUGAAAAAGUCAGCCUUGACUGUUCCACCAAAUAAUUAUGAUUCUAGGUUGAUCUCAUUAUCAGGAAAAUUAGUUGAGGUCCUCAAGAUGAAGGCCAAGAAUGGUGGGGUUAAGCAUUGCACAAGAUUCAUGGCAACACUGGCACACCUGUGGCGUGCAAGGACCGCUGCAAUUGGAAACAUGAAUUCAGAAGACGUUUUAAUUGUGCAUUUUGUAGUGAACAUAAGAUCAAAGUUUAAACCCCCUCUUCCUAAGGAAUUUGUGGGUAAUGCAAUAAUCACAGCCUAUGCUAAGGCCACUGCCAAAGAACUGCAGGAUCAGCCAUUUUGUGAGACUCUGAAAAAGUUGCAGGAAGGCCUGGAUAGAAUAACUGACAGCUAUGUUAGGUCGCAAAUAGAUCUUAUGGAGCUGCGAAAUCGAGUGCUGUGCUUAGAGAAUGGGUUUCUUGUAACAUCAAGGUUGCAUAGAUACUGCCUCGACAGCCAAAGCAAUCGUUUUAAACAUAGUAUUCUAUUUGGCCGGCGUUAUAUUCGAUUUUGCCGGCAUGUAGUGACUGUUCCAGAGUCAAUGAAAUUUUAG